UGAACCCAAAAAAAAAAACUCUGUAGUGACUAGAUAUUUUAUUAGAUUUUUAAAAGUUUUUAAUUGAUAGUAAAGUUAUUUCUUUUUAUACAUUAUUGUCUAGCAAUUAAGAAAUAUACAUCAUGCAGUCCAUUAUGAGAAGAACUGUUAAUAUUGCCCGAAAUGCAGUGCAUCUUCGCCAGAUUGCAUCGAUUGCGGCAUUGCCCGAUACGCAUCAGAUGCUGCAGAAAACAUGCCGUGAUUUUGCCAACUCUGAGCUGUGCGGCACAAAUGCAGCCAAAUUCGAUCGAGAGCAUCUUUAUCCGGCACAACAGAUUAAGCAAAUGGGCGAACUGGGCUUAAUGGCAGUGGCGAUUCCAGAGGAGCUCGGCGGUACUGGAUUGGACUAUCUAGCCUAUGCUAUUGCCAUGGAAGAGAUCUCUCGGGGUUGUGCCUCCGCUGGAGUAAUCAUGUCGGUGAAUAACUCUCUGUAUCUUGGACCAUUGCUUAAGUUUGGAAAUGCUGCACAAAAGGCUGCCUACAUUACGCCAUACACGACAGGUGAACGGGUUGGUUGCUUUGCACUCUCCGAACCUGGCAAUGGCUCGGACGCGGGUGCUGCUUCCACAAUAGCAACGGAGAAGGGAGAUCAUUUUGUGCUGAACGGCACCAAGGCAUGGAUUACCAAUGCAUUCGAGGCGGAGGCAGCGAUUGUAUUUGCCACAACCAACAAACAAUUGAAGCACAAGGGCAUCUCGGCGUUCAUUGUGCCCAAAGGCCUUAAGGGAUUCUCAAUUGGCAAGAAGGAGGAUAAGCUGGGCAUUCGAGGCUCCUCCACCUGUCAAUUGAUAUUCGAAGAUUGUGAAGUACCUAAGGAAAACCUGCUUGGCGAGACGGGAUUUGGUUUCAAGAUUGCCAUGCAAACACUGGAUGCUGGACGCAUUGGCAUUGCCGGUCAGGCGCUAGGCAUUGCGCAGGCUUCACUGGAACUUGCCGUUGACUAUGCGCAGAAGCGUCAGGCAUUUGGAAAGCCUAUAUCAAAGUUACAGGCAAUCCAGCAAAAGAUUGCUGACAUGUCGAUGGCUGUUGAGUCGGCACGGCUUUUGACUUGGCGCGCCUCUUGGCUGAAAGAUAACCACUUGGCUUAUACGAAAGAAGCUGCAAUGGCGAAACUGGCUGCCUCAGAGGCGGCUACACUGUGCGCCCAUCAGUGUAUACAAGUUUUGGGCGGCAUGGGCUAUGUUACCGAUAUGGCAGCAGAGCGGCACUAUCGAGAUGCUCGCAUUACGGAAAUUUAUGAAGGCACCUCGGAGAUUCAACGCUUGGUUGUAGCAGGUUCAAUACUCAAAGAAUACGCUAGUUAAUUUCUAUUUUGUGAUUCACUCUGUUAAAUUUAAUUUUAAGCACAAAGGUAGAAAUGUAAUAAAGUUUUGGAACAUAAGUUUAA